CCAAAUUCAAGUUUGAACAUAAGACUUAUGGAGGCACUCCAUAUAAAUAUAAACUAUCAUUCACUCUGCUCUGUUCCAAUCAACCAAAAUUUCACAAUCCAAAUGUAUCCAAAAGCUACAACUAACUACUUACACAAGUCUAACAUUCACUAGAAGAUGAAGAAAUCAACACAUACAACUUUGAUUUUCAUCACUUUGAUCAUAAUCUCAUUACUAGUAUCUAAAUCCAAAGGGGAUGCCAGAACCGAAAUCAUCGAAAUGAAAUGUGAUGAAGGCGUUCACAACAAUAGUACGCUUUUCGUCGCAAACUUUAUUCGUGCAACCGAAAUAACCACCAAUGAAAUGCAGACUUCACAUUUCUCAACAGCAGUCGUAGGCACCGGGCCCAACACGAACUAUCUACUCACCCAAUGCUAUGAAGAUCUCUCUUCACAAGAUUGCAUGUUAUGUUAUGCGCAAAUUCGUACUUAUUUCCCUAGUUGCUUCCCACAUAGCGGGGGCCGCAUUUAUCUUGACGGGUGCUUUAUGCGGCUCCAAAACUAUAGCUUUUUCGGGGAGUAUGCUAGCCCGAAUGAUACUACGAUUUGUGGGAAUACGACAAGAAAGGGUGCGUUGUUUCAAGAGUCAACAAGUCGAGCAGUGGCGAAUGCUGUCACGGGUGCAUUAAGCAAUAGUGAUUAUUUUGCUAGGGGAGAAAUGUUGGUGAUGGGUACUAAUGAUUCGGUUUAUGUGUUGGCGGAAUGUUGGAAGACUUUGAGCCCGAGUUCUUGUAGGGUGUGUUUGGAUAAUGCAUCCAUAUCGAUAACAAAAUGCUCAUCGUGGUCUGAGGGUCGUGUGUUGAAUGCGGGGUGUUUUAUGAGGUAUUCGGAUACUAAUUUUCUCAAUCCUAUGCCAGCCACAAGCAGAUCUAGCCGGAGGACAAUAGCUAUUGUAGUUUCUGCUUUUAGUUCUGUUGUGGUUCUAGCAGUUGCUUUGGUGGUCAUUUUAUAUAUCCGGAGACGUAGAUAUGUACAGCAGAGGAGAAACGGUUCUUAUGAUGCUGAGGAAAUGGCCAAAAUUCUUAAGGACAUUAGCUUGAACUUCAAAUACUCCACUAUUGAAAACGCUACCGGAAAUUGGGAUGAAUCCAAUAAGCUAGGACAAGGAGGAUUUGGGACCGUAUACAAGGGUGUUCUUUCAGAUGGACGAGAAAUAGCUGUGAAAAGGCUUUUCUACAACAACAAAUUUAGAGCAGCGGAUUUUUAUAAUGAAGUCAACAUGAUUAGCAGUGUUGAACACAAAAAUCUAGUCAGACUAUUAGGUUGCAGCUGUUCAGGGCCUGAAAGCAUUCUUGUAUACGAAUAUCUACCCAACAUGAGUCUCGACCUCUUCAUUUUUGAUGAAACUAAAGGCCGGGACUUAAGCUGGGAUAAGAGAUUAAAGAUUAUAAUCGGUAUAGCAGAAGGCUUGGUUUACCUCCAUGAAAAUACCACAACUCGGAUUAUUCACAGGGAUAUUAAAGCAUCUAACAUCUUACUAGACUUGAGGUUUCGUCCCAAAAUAGCUGAUUUCGGGUUAGCCAGAUCUUUUCCAGUUGAUAAGAGCCACAUCAGCACCGCCAUUGCAGGAACACUAGGAUAUAUGGCUCCAGAGUACCUAGCCCAUGGUCAGUUAACUGAAAAGGCAGAUGUUUAUAGCUUUGGUGUGUUACUUUUGGAGGUGGUUACUGGAGUGGCAAACAACACAAGCAAAAGUACAGAAUAUAACGACAGCUUAGUGACUACGGCAUGGAAGCAUUUCAAGCAAGGUAAAGUGGAGGAAAUAUUUGACCCAAACCUGAUGAUGCAUAUUAGUCCCAACAUAAAGUUCCAAAAAGAGGCCAUAAAAGUGGUACACAUUGGACUUCUUUGCACCCAAGAAUCUCCAUCUUUAAGACCAUCCAUGUCAGCAGCACUAAAAAUGUUAGCAACAAAUGAUGAACCUAUACCUGCCCCCACUAAUCCCCCUUUUAUAGAUGAAGGAACCAUGGAGCUUAAUAACAACAUGACUCAAAGGUUACUGAAUACCUCCAACACUGAUGAUUCUAGUUCAGUAUCACACACAUUGACGGAUCUUGAACUUAGUUUUCGGUAAAAUCACGUGGGUUUGAGGACUAUUGGAUCACAGUUUUUUCUUACUUUGUUAGCUAGGUAAUGUGCUAUGGUUACUAUGUAAUGAAAGCCGGAUCCUGACCGCUAUACAAUGUAUAUUUCUGUAAAGUUGUGUAAAUGUCAUUAAAUUAUCAAAGCUUGUUGUUUAAAAUA